GGCUGGCCUCCCUGCCUCUACUCCCACCGCCAGUGGCAGCCAGAGGCACCCCGAUCCUUCUAAGCUCUGUGAAGUCAUCCCUGACCCUUCCUAGGCCCGGGUACCUGUCCUGCUCAUUUGUUCCAGAACACCUGAAUAUUCUUUCUUAGAGUCACACCCCUGUGUCCCCCACAGCUGCUGAGCUCGGUGAGGGCCGGGUAUGUGUCCUUCCACAUGGCCCCUCCUAAGCAUUCCACAAAGUCUGGGAGUGUGUCGUUUCUCCCACUUUUCUAUCCAAAUAAUAUUCGCAGAUCCGGAAACAAAACUCAAAGGGAGGAAAGAGAGGUACGAGUCUGAUAAGUGCACUGAUUGUUGAAAGUAGUUUCAAAAUGAACGUCCUAAGAGGACCCCGGCUUGCUGGCCAUCUUAUUCCCUUGCGAAAUGCGGGCUUGUGGACUUUCAAACAUGAACGAUCUCUGUGCCCGCCGGCCGGUGACCCGGGCCGCCGGUGCGGGUGAGCAGCGAGGCCAGGCCGGAGACCGCGCCGGGCGCAGGUGGCGGGGACCGAGGCCAGAGCGGCCGGCGCCAGCCCCAAGCGUCCACUGCCCUUGCGGUGGCGGGGAAGAGGGUGUGGACUGGGGAAGGUCUCCCAUCCGGGGGCGGCUCAGCUGAAGACAGAAACUCCGGCCCGGAGAGUUUUUCUAGGAAACGAAAGCGAAACAGGCAGCGUUAACUUCCCGGAGGAGCGGUGGCCGCGCAGUCCCCGACGGCGGAGCCCAGGAUGGCUGCGUCCCGCGCCUUCCCGCUGCUGGUCGAGGGGUCCUGGGGCCCCGACGCCCCCAAGAACCUGAACACCAAGCUGCAGUCCUACUUCCAGAGCGCCAAGCGGUCCGGAGGCGGCGGCGAGUGCGAGGUCCGCAGAGACCCCGCGAACCCGGCGCGCUUCCUGGUGCUCUUCUCCGAGGACGUUCGGCAGAAAGUUCUGCAAAAAACAAAUCAUGAGUUAGUCUUGCCAGGAAAAGGAACUUUCCAGUUAACUGUCCAGCUGCCCACCACUCCAGAUGAAGUCCCAGACUCUAAGGAGAAAAUUUCAACAAAUGAAUCCAAGACCAAAGAAGAUGUCAAAGAACCAGUUGCAUCAGAAGAACCAGAUACAGAAGUCUCUGUCAGUAGUCGAUCAGAAGAGAUGGAAGAUAUCCCAAAAGAAUGUGAAAAUGUUUCCAAUUUGGUGGCAUUUGAAAACCUCAAGGCACACGUGACUGACAUGAUGUUAACCUUGUUAGUGGAGAAUGUAAGUGGCCUGACCAGCGAUGACUUUCAUGUGGAAGUAAUACGAGAUUUUGAUGUUGCUGUGGUUACCUUUAAAAAACAUACAGACACUAUGAAAUUUAUUUAUGAUUGUGCCAGACACCGUUCAAUGCAACAGCUUCAAUUGUCUCCAAGACAUCUGGAAGAGACAAAAACAAUCCGGGUUGAAAACCUGCCCCCUGGUGUUGAUGACUACCAGUUACAACUUUUCUUUGAAAAUCCUUUCCACGGAGGGGGAAGAGUGGCCCAUGUUCAAUGUUUUCCUGAAGAGAGUUCAGCUCUGAUUGAAUUUUGCGACAGAAAAGUGUUAGAUACCAUCCUGACCAAGAAACACAGCUUCAAUAAGAUGCCGCUCUCUGUCUUCCCCUACUAUCCCUGUUUGGGCACAGCCUUGUAUGGAGAGGAACAGCCUCUGAUCAAGCUGCCAGCGCCAUUCCAGGAGUCACUGGCGCUGCCUGUGUGGAAGUUCUUUCAGAAAAAGGUCCACUUGAGUAAGGAGCUGGAUGAUGAAAUGAGACGUCAUCACUGUACGCUAACAUGGUCCCAAGCCGACAGUAAAGUUAUCAUCAGACCUGCAGCCACCUUAGCCAGUCAAGGAAGACCAAAAAUCAAGACAUGGCAAAAAGAUGCUUCUACAGCACUCUCUGGCAUCAGGUCUAAAUAUGCAGUUACUUCAUUUAAGGUGACUCCAGUAGUAUGGGACACCAUAAAAAAUGACUUAGAAGAUGACAGGAUUUUGAUUGAGUUUGAUACAUGUGAGGAGAUUGUAACCUUAGCAGGAAAAUCAGAAGAUAUCCACAAUGUUAGCCCACAAAUCAAAGAAUUAAUAGAAAGGACAACUCAAAAAAUUCAAAAGGAAGAGCAAAGUCUGAAGGAAAAAGUGCCCAUUUCUUCAGAAAAGUAUUUUCUUUUGUACCACAGUGGUGUUCUGGAGCAUGCGUGCACGGAGUGCCCAGAGGUAGAGACUUGGUACGAUGCAGGCACUCAGAACCUGCACCUUAAAGGACCCCCCUCAGAUGUGUACAAAGUCAUGUGUGAAAUCCAGGCAAAAGUGUACACUAUGGCGAAGAAAACCAUUGAGGUCUCUCCUGAGGUCUUCCAGUUUUUGCAGCAAGUAAACCCCAAAGAAUUCUCUAAGUCUUUUUUUAUAGAACAAAAAAACCUUACAGUUUAUGAGCUCAAGGAUACAACUGUCGUCUUAACCAGCUGUUCUUCUGAAGUCCUAGGAGAAGCUGAAAAGCAAAUGUGCAGUGCCUUAGAUUAUAAACGCAUUGAAGUUGAGGACAAGGAAGUUCUUACUACCAACAAAUGGAAAAAGUUCAUUGGCAAUGUCCAAAAAAAAUCUAAUUCCUCCACAAACAUUAGGGUACUCAAUGAGUCAACCGCAGGAAGCCCAGGUGAAGUCAUUGUGACAGGCCUUGUGAAAGAAAUCAAUGAAAUCAGUAGCUUGAUUUUUGAAUUCUUGGAAAAAAACAUGAAAAUAGAGAGAUUGAUUGAAAUAGAGACAUCCAUGGUUGCAAACUAUUUAAGAGCAGAAAAGAAGCCACUCUGGUCAAAACUGAAGAAGGGGGAUAUGCAGGUAGUUUUCAAUCCAGAGAACAAACAAAAAGGCAUUUUACUAGUUGGUUCCAAGCGCCAAGUGCUAGAGAGUAUGGAUGUAGUCAAGGAAGCCGUGAAGUCUGUCUUUGUGAAAGGAGUCUGCAUCGACAAGCCAGGAGCCAGGCAGUUCUUCCAAGACAAAGCAUCGUUUUGCAGAGGUGAGGUCAGGAAGUCAUUUGGUUGUUUCAUCGAACUCCUGGAGAAUGAAGAAGAGGUAGGAGGCAAAACUCAUGGGCCAAAGUACUUCAUCCGGCGGGAGGUGGCCCCUGGCAUCAUCCUGAUGGCCCAGCAGGGUGACUUGACUCAGUUUCCUGUUGAUGUGGUGGUGAAUGCAGCAAACGAGGACCUCAAGCAUUUUGCUGGCCUUGCUGCUGCCCUCUCAAAGGCAGCUGGCCCGGAACUCCAAGCAGACUGUGAACAGCUAGUGAAGAGAGAUGGUCGGCUCCUACCGGGCUGUGCCAUCCUCACAAAGGCAGGGAAGCUACCUUGCAGCCACGUGAUCCACGCCGUAGGGCCCCGGUGGGUUGAAAAUGAAGCCCCGAGGUGCGUGUACCUGUUAAAGAAAGCUGUGGAAAAUAGUCUUCUUUUAGCAGAAAAACACAAGUGCCAAUCCAUAGCCAUUCCCGCAAUUAGUUCUGGAGUCUUUGGCUUCCCCUUACAGCGGUGUGUGGAGUCCAUUGUUCUGUCCAUCAAGGAAAACUUCCAACAUAGGCGGGAUGGACGCACCUUGAAGGAGAUUUAUCUUGUGGACUCAUUGGAGAAGACAGCAGAGGCUUUUGCCAAAGCUGUGGAAACUGUAUUUAAAUACCCUCUGCCCAAGAGUGCGGCCCAGCCUGAUACAGUGGCCCAGCCUGAUACAGCGUCCCAGCCAGAUACGACUUCCCUGCCUAGAGGACCAGCAGCAAAACCUGUAACAGCAUCACAGGAAGUGGCGUGUCUGAAAACCCCAGGAGGCCUGAAGAUCCUGCUAGUGAAAAAGGGAGUGCAGGAUGCUACGACCCAUGUUGUUGUCAACUCCAUCCCGUCGGAUCUUUCACUCAACCAAGGGCCCCUGUGUCGGGCCCUUUUGGAAAAAGCUGGACCAGAGCUCCAGCAGGAGUUGGACAAAGCCGGACAAGGGGUAACCGCCAACGUGGGCACAAUGCUCCAAACCAGUGGUUGCAAUCUUCAGUGCGACCGUGUGCUUCACGUGGUGGCUCCACCAUGGAAAAAUGACAACACGGCACAAAAGAUCAUGAAAAACAUAAUCAGAGACUGUUUGGAGAUCACUGAGAGGCUGUCUUUUCAAUCAAUUGCAUUUCCAGCCAUUGGAACAGGAAAUUUGGGAUUUCCUAAGACCAUAUUUGCCGAAUUAAUACUUUCAGAAGUGCUUACAUUUAGUAGCAAAAAGCAGCUGAAAACUUUACAAGAAGUUCACUUUCUGCUGCAUCCAAGUGAUCAUGAAAAUAUUCAGGCAUUUUCAGACGAAUUUGCCAGAAGAACUAGUGGAAAUGUUAAUGACCAAAUUCCCAAAGCUGAAGAUAAGCAAGGUUUCUAUGGGACUAUUUCUAGCCCUAAUUUAGGAGUUCAUGAAAUGAAGAUUGGCCCCAUCCUCUUCCAGGUGGCCUCUGGGGAUAUCACCAAAGAAACUGCAGAUGUGAUUGUAAAUUCAACAUCAAACACAUUUACUCUUAAAGCAGGGGUCUCCAAAGCAAUUUUAGAAUGUGCAGGACAGGAAGUAGAACUGGAAUGUGCUCGCCAAGGUCAACAGGGCAAACUUGAGUAUAUCAUUACUAAAGGUGGAUUAAUGAUGUGCAAGAACAUUAUUCAUGUUGUUGGUGGAAAUGAUGUCAAGAGAUCAGUUUCUUGUGUUCUGCAAGAAACUGAAAAACUGAAUUACUCAUCCAUUUGCCUUCCAGCCAUUGGGACAGGAAGUGCCAGGCAAGACCAAAAUAAGGUUGCUGAAGCUAUACUUGAUGCGAUUGAAGACUUUGUCCGGAAAGGAUCAGUUCAGUAUGUGAAGAAAGUUAAAGUGGUUAUCUUUCAGGCCCCAGUCCUGGAUGUGUUUUAUGAGAACAUGAAAAAAAGAGAAGGGUCUCAGCUUUCUCACCAACCAUCAAUGAUGUCUAAAUUUGCCUCCUUGCUUGGUCUUUCAAAACCUUCCAUAAAAAAGAAGCCCUUGUUUUUGGAAAAGAAAACAGAACUGGUGGUCUUCCAGGUGUGUGGUGAAAACCAAAACCGUGUGGACCAAGCUAUCAGCUGGUUAAAGGCCCUGAUUACAAAGGAGCAGUGCUCUUACACCAAUACAGAUGAGUGCGUGAGAGAUUUCGAUGAGAAGGAGUAUAAGAAACUGAAUGAGCUGCAGAAGAGGUUAAAUAUUACCGUUUCUCUGGAUCAGAAGAGACCUUUUCUGGAGGUUUUAGGAAUUAGCAGAGAUGUGAUGGAGGCUAGGGAUCAAGUUGAGGAAAUGAUUAAGAAGGUGAGAUUGGCCAAAGAAGAAGAAAACAGGGCAGACUGUAUUAGUGAAUUUAUAGAAUGGCGAUAUGGUGAUGAUACCACUUCUCGUCAUUUUGACAAAAUGACCAAUCUGCAAUUGGAAGAUGCGAGGAGAAAAAAGAGCAAGAGCACCUUUGUCAAAAUUAAAGAUCGAUGCUACACGGUAAACUUCAAAGACUACACUGCCACGAGUCCGGAUGGACACAUUUUAACUGUUCAGCGCAUCACAAAAUUUGAAGUUGACCUUCCUGGGCACUGGAGUGACAUGAAGCAGCAGAAAUUCUGUGUGGUCCAGCUGCAGCCUGGUGAUCAGGAAUUCGAAACGGUGGCAGGAAAGUUUCAUCAGACUUGCUCACAUUUUGUCAUUGAGAAGAUUGAGAGGAUCCAGAAUCCAGAUCUCUGGAAUAGCUACCAGGCAAAGAAAAAAACCAUGGACGCCAAGAACGGCCAGCACGUCAACGAGAGGCUGCUCUUCCAUGGGACAGACACUGACUCGCUGCCUCAGGUCAACAGGAACGGAUUUAACCGCAGUUAUGCUGGGAAGAACGCUGUGGCAUAUGGGAAGGGAACUUAUUUUGCUGUCAAUGCCAACUAUUCUGCCAGUGACACCUACUCCAGACCAGAUGCACAUGGGAAAAAGCACAUGUAUUAUGUGCGAGUACUCACGGGAAAGUACACAAAAGGACACAGCUCAUUCAUUGUGCCUCCUCCGAAGGACCCUCAAAAUCCUACUGACCUGUAUGACACAGUCACAGAUGAUACGAACAACCCCAACUUAUUUGUGGUAUUUUAUGACUACCAAGCAUACCCGGAGUACCUCAUUACUUUUACACGCUAACAUUUUGAUUUCCUUCCUGAGAGACAUCAUUCAUAGCUAGUUAUAUAAAGUUUCACCCCGUGCUCCUGACUACUGACAAUUUUUUCUAAGAUCAGAAGAUCCUUUUUUUGUCUCCUCCACCCUCCUUUGCCACGCUGGGGAUCAAACCCAGGGCCCUGUGCAUGAAGCCAGGCACUCCACCACUGAACUAUACCCUCAGCCCAAAAGAUCCUUCUUUGUCACUGAAAUCAGACUUCACCGAAAUCAGACUUCACCGAAAUCAGACUUCCCUCAGUUUCUUUUUCACAACAGAAAUGAACCUAUCUUGAGAGCAAAUAAAUUUGAGAAUUUAAAUGAGAUAAGUUACAGCUGUGUGUCCACAGUGCGUGCACAUCAAAGCUACGGGACAAGAGCAGGUGUAUAUUUUCAGGAAGGACAGAAUAACAGUCCUGCAGGCAGAAGGGAUACAGUCAUGAAAUUGUGGCCGCUGCUGGUGGAAAGUGACGGCUGGAAUCGUGCCGGGAUGGCCGAGGGCUGUGGGGAGCACCAAGACCGCGGCUGCCAUCUUCCUGAACAAGGAUGGGGCUGAUUCAUGCUUUUGUCCUUGGGCUGAGGUCUGUGCCUGUGAUGUGGAUAUUCCAUAAAUGUUUGAUAAGCCAGUUAAGAAUGAAAUAGCCUGGUCAGACCGCUACCCGAAGUAGCAAUCAUCUCUUCAGACUUAUUUGCCUCCAGCUGAACAUAUCCAUGACGGGAACUUCUUUCUUCAAAAGCAGCCCAUGCGCUGGGCCUGGACAGCCGCAGCCAGGGCUCUGGGACUGCAACGCACGUUUUUGCACCCCACACAGGCUGGACCCUGGGGUUUAGCUCACUGUCUGUGCAAUUGUUCCCCUAGAGCUAUGUGGCAGCCAGAAGGUCCUUUCUAAUGUUAAACCCAAACCUGCUUUUUCCACUGCCCGGUGAAAACAAUGGCUCGAGUGCUACAUUUUCAGUGGAAACCUACUGUGCUACCAUUAACAAACUCUAAGGUUAUUAAAUAGCUUAUUUCCUAAAAGUCAGAAGAGGAAAAAAGAGAAAAACAGUUCAUGUAAUCUAACGUGGACAAUGUGUAUCUCUAUGUUAACCAUCGUUUAAAAAAAUAAAGCAGAUAAUUUCCAAAAAAUAGCAUCGUUCCCUUGACAGCCUGGCUUCUGAAGAACUUUUAAAACCUUGCACAUAAAUAAACCAAAGGAAUUAAA